AUGAGUGUCUGUAUUUUGCAGGAACUGGUUUCGCCUGGCGGAACGCGUCGUUCGCGAAGGACACCGCGACCCACAGACACGUCCACGUCCACGCCCACGCCUACGCCCACUGCCACGCCCACAGCAGCCAGCAAUGAACCAGCAGUUCAGGUGGAGAUGGCAGAGCCCGAUUCGUCGGAGGUUAGUUGUCGUCUGGUGGAGGUGCCAACGCUGGAGGAGAUUGCAGCAGCAGUUAGUCUGGAGUUGAAGAAGGAGCCGGAGAAGGUGCCACCAACGACGGCAGCAGCUGCAACACCCUCGCCCGAGGAGAGCCCAGCACCUGCUCCCAAGCGAGGGAGAGGUCGUGCCAAGAAGAUAAGACCGGAUGCCGAGGUGGACACCAGUGAGGUGUUGCCUUUGGGCGAGGAUUCGGUGGUGGAGAAGAAGCCGGGCCGCAAGCGGAAGCUGCCGGAGGAGCAGGCGGCGGAGCAGCACCUGAGCAGCGACCUGGUGGUGGUAAAGACCGAGCAGCAGGAGGAGCUCCUCUCCUUGGCCGAUGCUCCCGCGGGCGAUGGCAAGCGGAUGCGUCGCAGUGUCCGCCUGGGCAAUCGGCUGCCCGUCGACGGGGGCACCUGGGAGGAGGUGAAGACGGAGCCCCUGCCCGCCCACCUGCCGCCGGCGGAUACCUCCAUGAUGGAGGUUAGCCCGGUGGCCGUGCCACCGGCUGUCCUCGAUGAGAAGACGCCACCCAAGAAGCGCGGACGCAAGGCAAAGAUUCCUCCAGGGGCGAAAAUCGAACCGGGAACCUCCUCCUCCUCCUCCGCUGCGCCCACUCCCCUAACCAAUGGCAGCAAGCGGACCACUCCCACGGGCGGAGCCGAACUGCAGCUGCCCAAGCGUUCGAAAAGGAGAAUCAAACCCACGCCCAAAAUCCUCGAAAACGACGAGCUGCGCUGCGAGUUCGAGACGAAACAUAUUGAGCGCAUGACCCACUGGGAAACUGCGGCGGCCGCCGCAGCAGCGGCAGCAGCAGAUGGGGAUUUCGAGACACCGCCAACGGGGGGAGGUGGCUCCAAUUCCUCGGCAUCGCGCCAGAAGAGCGACAAGUCGGAUGGCAGCAAUUUCGAUGGACUUCCGGGCCAUCCCGCUGGCACGAGUGCCAUCAAGAAGCGACUCUUCUCCAAGUCGCAGCGCGACAUUGAGAACUAUGGCGCCGCCCUGCUGGCCAAGAGCAAGGUGCGUCCGUGCCCAGAUGUGGAGCAGUUCCUCAGCGACAUCAAGGCGUCGCGCAUCAAUGCGAACCGCUCGCCGGAGGAGCGCAAGCUGAACAAAAAACAGCAGCGCAAACUGGCCAAGCAGAAGGAGAAGCACCUCAAGCAUCUGGGUCUGCAGCGGAAUCACAGCGAGGAGGCCACCGACAACGACAGCUCCAACACGGACAACGAGUUUGUGCCCACCACCAGGGUGCAGGUGGGCAAGCCCAGUGUCACGCUGCGUGUGAGGAACACGCAAGUGGCCAAGGAGUUGCCCACAACAUCGGCGGCUGCUGCUCAGCAGAAGCCAUCCGCCAGCCGGAAUCCAGCCAUUGGGCAGCCAGCCAAGGUCACGCGAAGAGUGGCAGUUAGAGGAGCCGGAGGAGCAGGAGGAGCGGGAGCAGCGACUGUGGCAGCCGGAGUAAGUGCAAGUGCAAGUGCAAGUGCCUCCAUUGCCACACUCGAUGCGGAGCAGCUGCACCUGCUAAACACCUCGAUACUGGCGGACGUUACGCCCAUCAGAGACCUGGAUGCCAAGCCCGGCACCUCGAAGACGGCCAAGUUCAUCUGUCUGUGCCAGAAGAGUUCGCAGUACUAUGCGCGCAACGCGCCCGACUCCUCCUACUGCUGUGCCAUCGAUCACAUUGACGAGCAGAAGAUCGGCUGCUGCAACGAGCUCUCCGCCGAGGUGCACAAUCUGCUGCGGCCCAGCCAAAGGGUCAGCUACAUGAUCCUCUGCGACGAGCACAAGAAGCGCCUGCAGUCCCACAACUGCUGUGCCGGAUGUGGCAUCUUUUGCACUCAGGGCAAAUUUGUGCUGUGCAAGCAGCAGCACUUCUUUCACCCGGACUGCGCCCAGCGUUUCAUCCUGAACACUCCGUACGAGGAGGGACGUGGUCAGGAGGAUCAGGGCGCCAAGUUCAGCAGUCCCAUGCUGGUGCUCAAGUGCCCGCACUGCGGACUGGACACUCCGGAGCGCACCUCCACGGUGACCAUGAAGUGCCAGUCGCUGCCCGUCUUUCUGCCCACCCAGAAGUACAAAAUCAAACCCGCCAAACUGACCACCUCCUCGCAUCUGGCCCAGUUUGGAGCCGCUGGGAAGGCCAGCAGUCCAGGAGCCAAGGCCAAAAGCAAGGGGGCAUCUUCCACCUCCGCCGUUGCCGCGGGCGCAGCAUCCACCUCCUCCUCCGCCUCGAAGACGAACGGAAGCCAAAGGGGCAAGGCGGCGGGCAGCUCCGGCCAGGCUCUGAACACGAUCAACUUUGCGCAGUUGAUACCGGACUCGGUGAUGAACGUGGUGCUGCGUGGCCAUGUGGUGUCGGCCAGUGGACGCGUGACCACGGAGUUUACCUCGCGGGACAUGUACUAUGCGGUGCAGAACGAUGAUUUGGAGCGCGUGGCAGAGAUUCUGGCUGCCGACUUUAAUGUGCUGACCCCCAUUCGGGAGUACCUGAACGGCACCUGCCUGCAUCUGGUGGCCCACCAGGGCACCCUCCAGAUGGCCUACCUGCUGCUCUGCAAGGGCGCCAGUUCCCAGGACUUCGUCAACAUUGUGGACAGCGAACUGCGGACGGCACUCAUGUGUGCGGUGAUGAACGAGAAGUGCGACAUGCUAAAUCUCUUCCUGCAAUGCGGAGCCGAUGUGGCCAUCAAGGGCCCCGAUGGCAAGACCUGUCUGCAUAUUGCAGCCAAGUUGGGCAACGUGGAGGCCACGCAGUUGAUUGUGGAGAGCUAUCGCGCCUCGCGGAACAUCACCAGCUUUCUGAGCUUCAUCGAUGCCCAGGAUGAGGGCGGUUGGACGGCCAUGGUCUGGGCAGCCGAGCUGGGACACACGGAUAUCGUCAGCUUCCUGCUCAACCAAGAGGCCGAUCCGAACAUCUGCGACAACGACAACAACACGGUGCUGCACUGGUCCACGCUGCACAACGACGGACUGGACACCAUUAAGGUGCUGCUGCAGGCGGGAGCGGACUGCAAUGUGCAGAAUGUGGAGGGCGACACCCCGCUACACAUUGCCUGCCGGCACUCGGUCACAAGGAUGUGCAUCGCUCUGAUUGCCAAUGGAGCCGAUCUGAUGAUCAAAAACAAGGCGGAGCAGCUGCCCUUCGAUUGCAUACCCAACGAGGAGUCCGAGUGCGGUCGCACCGUGGGCUUCAACAUGCAGAUGCGCAGCUUCCGGCCGCUGGGCCUGCGCACCCUGGUGGUCUGCGCGGAUGCCUCCAAUGGCCGCGAGGCACGACCCAUCCAGGCGGUGCGCAACGAGCUGGCCAUGUCCGAAAGCGAGGACGAGGCCGAUUCGCUGCUGUGGCCGGACUUUCGCUACGUCACGCAGUGCAUCAUCCAGCAGAACUCGGUGCAGAUCGAUCGGCGCGUCUCGCAGAUGCGCAUCUGCUCUUGCCCCGACAGUUGCAGCAGCGAUCGGUGCCAGUGCAACGGAGCCUCCUCGCAGAAUUGGUACACCGCCGAGAGCCGCCUCACCGCCGACUUCAACUACGAGGAUCCGGCGGUGAUCUUCGAAUGCAACGAUGUCUGCGGCUGCAAUCAGCUAUCGUGCAAGAACCGCGUGGUGCAGAACGGCACAAGGACUCCGCUGCAGAUCGUCGAGUGCGAGGAGCAGGCCAAGGGAUGGGGCGUUCGAGCACUGGCCAAUGUGCCCAAGGGCACCUUCGUGGCCACCUACACGGGCGAGAUCCUCACCGCCUUGGAGGCUGAUCGGCGCACCGACGACAGCUACUACUUUGACCUGGACCACGGGCACUGCAUCGAUGCCAACUACUACGGCAAUGUGACCCGCUUCUUCAACCACUCGUGCGAGCCAAAUGUCUUGCCUGUUCGCGUUUUCUACGAGCACCAGGACUACCGAUUCCCCAAGAUCGCCUUCUUCGCCUGCCGCGACAUCGAUGCCGGCGAGGAGAUCUGCUACGACUACGGGGAGAAGUUCUGGCGCGUGGAGCACCGCUCCAGUGUGGGCUGUCGCUGCCUGACGGCCGCCUGCAAGUACGCCUCCCAAUCCCCAAGCACAAAUGCCUCGCCCACGGAUGCAGCGACUGCAGCGGAACCGGAACCGGAAAUGGAAAUGGAAACGGAAACGGAAACGCAGCCACCCACAACAGCCUCGGGGGAAACGGAACAGGCGUAGGCCACCACCACCACAAUUACCAUCACCAUUACCAUCACCAUUACCAUCACCACUACCAUCACCACUACCACCAACCACGACCUCAACUCGAAAUGAUUCCAGACUCCUCAGUCUCAGCCGAAAACAAAAAGAAGAGAAUCCCCACCAAGCCACAUGCAUCAGACAUCAGACAUCUGACAUCACAGCAGCAGCAGGAACGAUCGCCAUAUAUAUAGGAUAUAUAUAUAUACAUAUAUACAUAUAUAUAUAUAUAGUAUGCAUGAUGAAUCGAAAUUGGAGCCGCCCCCACGACGAGGGCCUUCUUCUUCGACUGCCAAAUGUUUCAUGGUUUACAAAUUUUUGUCUAAUUUUACGUUUACACUUAGUGUUUGUUUAUUAUUAACUUUGUUUGAUUUUUAUUCAUUUGUUUUUACCCCUAAUUAUUAAUAUUUUUAUUAUCACCCAUUAUUUUUUUAUGUUUUAUACGAGAAACUAACCACUUAGAUGGGCAAACUAUUAAUGUGCAAAUUCCCAAUUCCUUACCGAUCUUUUUGGAUGUGUGUGUGUGUGUGUGUAUGUGCAAAAUGUAAAUGUUUUAAACUUAAAAUUAGACUUAGAGUUUGUCGGGUGAAUGGAGAAUUAAAAUUGCGUUAAAGUGCAUCUAGUCAUAAGAAUGAGGGAGAUAGAGGUUUGAAAAAAAGGAAAGAGAGCUGGAAAACUCGUUUGUCUAGCUGCCAGUGUAUUUUAAAGUUGUAUUAGCAUGUUCAAGAAAUCAGUAAAAAUCAUUUGUUUUAUUAGCUUCAAAAGGCUUCACAGUUUAUUGUCUUUGUUCAAACAGGUUUGGCUUUGACUUUUACCAUUAAAAUUUCAUUAGACGGAAUUAAAACAAUUUAAAAUAUACUGAAUGUAACAAUAAAGCGAAAGAAAACGAGGAAUUAUUAAGCGGAAAACAUGUUUUUUAUAACAAGCAUUGAUUUUAGAUUAACAUAUAGCAGAUACGCUAAAGAGGAAACAGUGUCUAUAGAACCAAACAUAUAUAAUAUAUUGAAUAUAUAUAUGUCUUUGUGCAGGGUAAAGUACUGAUAGUCGUUAACAGAAGAAUAAGUUCAAGUUGUUUUGUAUUUAGCCAGAAAGCCCCCUAUAUAUAUACACACAUACACACACACACACCCCAAAAUUGGACACCAACUGCUCCUCCAAUCCCGGCCAGAGAUAUUUGCACAAUUCGUUUAAGAAUUUUGUUCAGUUUGCCAAGCAAAAGUUAGCCAAGCCACAAGUGCCUCAAAGAUAGUAAUACCCCAAGCCCCCGUACCGCACACCAUCCACUAGGAAACCACCCCGCCCCGCCCCCCGAUACGGCUUCAGACCAACAAGGUUUAUAUACAGGAACUAUCUAUCCAACUAUCACUCGACCAAGAUCACAAACUGCAAUGCAUUUUGGGACAUGACCCUUCGAUAGUCGACAGAGAAUUGAAACGACGGACUGCGGUUCACUCACUAUGCUUAACGUGUGUAGAGUUCUCCGAUUCCGAUCAUAUAUUAGAUGUAUACAUAUUAGUAUCCUUAGUCCUCGUAGCAUAUCCCCCGCGUCUAACGAUCCCCCGUAUGUGCUAUAUAGUAUAUAGUCUUGGAUAUCGGGCUAUAUUAACUUUGAUGUGCGUUUUGCGUCUUUAGGUGUAAGCUGUAAAUGUUUGUAACGACAAUAUAGGAGUAUGUGUAGUUUAAGAUGUAGGUUAUUCCCCUUCCGUCAUUCAGCCACAACCCCUAUCCCUACCCCUUCCACAUCUAGCUCCCGCCACGAGGUCAAGGGUCAAAGGACACAAGACGUUCCGCCCGCGACAUUUCAACUGGCAUUUCUAUACGUAUUUGUGUACCUACGAUAAGCAAAAAAGAAAGAUUUAUAAACGAAUAUGAGUAUAUGGAAUAUGUAUGUACGGUUUCGAUGUCCCCGGGUCUAAUGCAUCCGGAUCACACUUAGAAAUUAUAGCGUAACUCACAAAA